AUGUUGAAUGGUCAUCAUUACUUUAUACUUAGCUUUUGGUCAGACGAAGAUCAUGGUGUAUUGAACUUUGUUUGUUUACGGGCAAUGGACUUGGUCGAGGAUGAUCAGUUUCUAGAAUCGUUUAUGAAUCUAGUGACUGAAUUUUGUGCUCAAGUAGUCCUGACAUUUGCGGUAUCUGGUUUGGAAAGAUUAUUGAGGAUCACAUCAAUGACUGAUAGUGGAGCGCUAUACAUGAUGCAAACAUUCAAUGAUAUAGCCAAGGUGAUGCAAACAUUCAAUGAUAUAGCCAAGAUCGAAUGCCUUCUACGUUGGAAUGGCUCUGUUAGACAUCCAAUUGAAAUAUCUGUAUCAAAUAAAAUAGUCCUACCUGAAGUGCAAGUCAUGAUCGUUGUCCUGGUGAUGGCAUUAGUUGUGAUUCCGGUUGUAGUUCUGGUCGUAGUUCAUGGAUAUUAUCGAUUAUAG